AUGAUGUUCUAUCUGCCUGCCCUUCUUCUCGUUUCUGCGCCCAUUGCAAACGUGGCCCAUGCGCAGCAAGGAGCUGAUCCCUAUGUGCCUACCCAAGCCAACUGCACCCCUGAUGUUCAAGUCAGAGCAGCAGAAAAGGGUCUCUCCCAGGCCGAGCAGGACUGGAGACGUCUCCGCCUGGAGUCAGUCAUAGAAUCUUUGAGCAGCUAUCUUACUCGAACCAAUUUGACGGGAUUCAACGUUACUCAAUACCUGUCCAAAUUGAAUGCAACCAAUGCUCCAGUCGUGGGCCUUGCGAUCUCCGGUGGUGGCACUCAAUCCGGAGUCGGAGGCCUUGGUCUCUGGCAAGCAUUCGACGCUCGAUAUCCUCCAGCCGUCAAAGCUGGGACCGGAGGGCUCACACAAUGCCUUUCAUACCUGACAGGGCUGAGCGGUGGUGGGUUCUUGACAGUCAGCACAUUGGCCAGCAACAACUUCACAUCGAUUGAACAACUUCGAAAGGCGAUCAACUUUACAGAGGACUAUCUCGUGGGACCAACUGGAAACGAGACAGAGUAUUAUGACGAACUCUUCGAGAACGCCGGCGCCAAAGCUGAGGCCAACUAUUCCGUUUCCGUUGUCGACGUCUUUGGGCAGCAGUUUGGCCAGUAUCUCCCUAGAGAGUGGCGCUAUCGUUCAUAUUCCGAUAUAACCAGCAAGAACCACUCCUUCUCCCUCGGUACUGGUCCGAUGCCGAUAGUGUCUCUUGCAGAGGUCAUCCCUGGUCAAUCCCCGGAAAUUGGUGGGAUUAUGUAUCCCGGAAACAAUGCGACCAAUGCGUUCAAUCUGACCAGCUAUGAGAUCACUCCCUUCGAAUUUGGAAGUUGGCUCGGCGGACGCAUUCAAGCAUUUAUGCCGACCAAAUGGCUCGGAACAUCCAUGAACCGUGGAGUGCCUCAGGCGAAUGACUCUUGUGUCACAGGAUUCGACAAGUUCACAUUCGUCCAGGGAUCUACCGCCAACGCUUUCAAUUUCUGGUUCAUCGAUGCCUGGUACAACAUUCCUCUGUUCGCCAAGCGGUCUCUUCAAACCUUUGGUCUCCACAGAAGGCAGAGUUCUUCUGGCGGAAUAGUGAUCCCAGCGGAUCAAGCAGAUAGCCCGCUAGUACAGCUCGUAAAUGGGACCGCGGAAAACUUCGAACAAACUUUCAACGACUCGUUAUGGGCUACAUACCCAAAUCCAUUUCAGGGAUACAAUGCCGCCAUGACGGAUGUCACGGAGUUAUUACUAGUCGACGGGAGUGAAACCGGCGAGACUAUCCCUCUGCGACCACUGAUUGUUCCAGAGCGAGAGCUUGACUUCAUCAUUGCCUAUGAUGCCAGUUCGGACGCGGAGUACUCAUGGGUGAACGGCACGAAUUUUAUCAACACUGCGAUUUCAGCCUCAGAAGGCGGAAUUCCAUUCCCUCGCGUUCCAUCGUCGAGGACAAUGGUCAAUCUCAACCUGACACGUUUCCCAACCUUUUUCGGAUGCAAUAGCACGUCCGAGCCCGGUUCGCGGUCUCCUUUGGUCCUGUACCUCCCGAACACCGCCUGGACGCAGUACUCUAACUACAGCUACAUGCAAUCAUCCUUCACAGACAACCAAUUCGACCUGGUGAUGAACAACUCAUUCAAUGCCGCUACUUACGGCAACGGCACAAUCGACAAGACCUGGCCCGCGUGUCUCGCUUGUGCGGUGAUCAAGAAGAGUGUGAUCCGAGCAGGGCUGGAGCUACCAGAUGUCUGCAAUACAUGCUUCAAACGUCAUUGCUGGAAUGGAGACGAUGAUGAUUCUGUCGUGGCGCAGGCCACGAAAGAUCAGACUCCGAUUUUGGAUCCGGGGUUGAGCUUCUCCGAGUGGAAUAAGACUUGGUAUGCCAAGUAG